AUGGAAAGCGAAUUAAACAAGGAUUUGGAAUCUUCAAUCAACAUUGAUCCCUUGUUCAAAUUAUAUGAAGCACUGCCGCCGUUGAAACAUGAUAUGAUGUUGACAGAUAUCAACGACGUUGGUUUCAAGAGACUCGGCGACUUGACCGAAAUUGAAAAUUUAAGUGUCGGAUCGUUUUCAUCUUCAGCAUUCCCGGUGGAAGGUGUUCUGUUUGAGCCGAAUAAUAGACUAAUGGUGUGUCUCAACUGUUGUCGUGCCAAAACUCCUGAUGCGCCAAUCAUCAAAGUAUGGUUCGUAGUCGAUAGUGGAUCGAAUUGCACGUUUCUCAACGAAAAGACAAUGAGCAAGCUCACUGGUACUGACGCCAUUCCAUCGGCCAUUCAUGCUUCCAUUCAGGAUCCAAAUUCUGUUACCGAAUGCUAUCUGUCACACAGCAAUUUCAAGGAAGCGAACGUGUUGGGUAUGAAGACGAUGAUGGAUUUAGGAUUGACCAUUGAAGGGAUGAAUAGCAAAAAAUCAAGUUGGCGUCUUGCGAAACAAUAA